AUGCAGAGCACAGAAAAGGAGGAGGUCAUCAAUAAAGAAAAUAUUCCUUCUGGCUUCAGUAGCAUUGAAGAGUGUAUAUUAAAUGCUCAGGAAGUGGAAAAAUGCCACGAGAACAGUUCUGGUUACAUUGGUGAAAGAAGUAAACCAAAACGUCAGAAAUCCAGCACCAAAUUAUCUGAGCUUAACGACAACCAAGAGAGUUCUUUGGCGAUGGAAACUUUUGGUUCCUUGAGACAUGUAGAUGGAAGAGGACCAGAUGAAAUGGAGGUGUUUUCUGAAGAAAGCAAAGAUGGCAAAAAUGAGGAUGAUUUGUUAAUGCACAAUCAGAGCUCAAGUAUGAAGAUCCAGGAGCAUCCCGGCGUUCCUGAAGUCAGAUUACAGAGGAGCCCAGAAAUUGACGGCCAGGAAGACACUUUCAUAUCGGAAGUGCCUCGUCUGGACUUGUCGAGCUUGUGCAGUGACAACUGGGAAG